AUGGUAUACGGUAUACCGAUCCCAAUUCCUGUCCCUUUUGUAAUUUGUAUUCUACCCGUGAGUUUGGUUCUUGGCUUUUGGGUCUUUGAGAAUUUGGGAGUAACUUCUGCUCUUGCUGGCCUUUGGUUUCUAGAUUUUGUUCAUUUUAAAGUUAGAUUUGCGGUUCUGAAAUUGUUCAAGUUUAGGUCUAUUAUUGGAGCGGUUAUGGAUUCCCCUCAAUCUGUUGUGUCACCAUUCAAGACCACUGCUGUCUUUGAGCCGGAGAAGCAGAAAUCUGAUUAUUCAGUUCAGAGCACUGGCAACUUAUCCAAGGGAAUUGAGGUCCCCAGGCAUGAGGCUGUGGUUGACAAUCUGGAAGACUUCGUUGGUAUUGUUGAGGUUUACAUACACCAGGCUAGGGACAUCCAAAACAUAUGCAUUUAUCAGAAGCAAGAUGUUUAUGCAAAGUUUUGCCUGACUAGUGAUCCUGAGUGCACAGUCUCCACCAAAAUCAUCAAUGGUGGUGGGAGGAAUCCUGUCUUCAACGACAGUCUGCGGCUCAAUGUUAAGACUAUUGAUUCCUCCCUUAAAUGUGAGGUAUUCAUGAUGAGCAGGGUGAGGAAUUAUCUGGAGGAUCAGCUGUUAGGGUUUGCUCUGGUGCCCUUGUCUGAAGUACUAAUCAAUGGCGGGAGCUUGGAGAAAGAGUUCUCUCUUUCUUCAACCGAUUUGUUCCACUCUCCAGCGGGGUUUGUUCAAUUAUCUUUAUCAUACACUGGAGCUUCACCAGAGGUAAUGGCGAUUCCAACAAUGCCCAUUGCUUUAGCUACAAAUGAAACCAUUCAGGAUUCAGAGAUACAAGAAUCACUCCCAUGCGAACUUGAUAAGAUUGAGUUCCCGGAUCCAAAGGUUGUGAAUGAAAACCAGAUGAUGGUCUCAGAGUAUUUUGGAAUUCCGUGUUCCAGUCUGGAUUCUGAAGCCUCUGAGAGCUUGGCCACUUCUGAUGCCGAAAAUCAUCUCAGUUCAGAAAUUGGAGUUCAUGUUGUGGAAAGCUUCUCAGCUGCCACUUCUGAUUCAAAUCAAGUUCCUAAGCUUGAUUCUCCUCCGAGCAGUGUGUCAACUAAUGGGGUUUCUUCUCCUUCUGUUGCUGCAAGUUCAGAAACCUCUGAUAGCCCAGCAGCUUCAAAAACACCAAAUCAGGAGCAUGUCUUAGUCCAUAACGAGAAAGAGAGUGCAAAUGCCGGUAAUGGUGAGAGUGAUUGCUCUGGUGGAGAGUCAAAUGAGAAAAUUGCAAAACCUGUUAUCACAGUCAACAUUGAGCCGGAGACUAACAUGGUUCAGCAGGACAUAGUAGACAUGUACAUGAAAAGCAUGCAACAAUUCACAGAGUCACUGGCCAAGAUGAAGCUUCCUUUGGACGUUGAUAGUGGACCAGCUAGUUCAGGAAGUUCGAGCUCUGAUCAGAAAAUGCAGGCAUCAAAGAACCCUGGUUCCCGUGUGUUUUAUGGGAGUAGGGCUUUCUUCUGA